AUGGCGGCGACCGCUACCGCGCCCCCGCCCCUCUCCUCACCCGCAGUUGGGGUUGUUGAUCAUGAGGACAGCAACAUCUCCAGCCCUCUCAGCGAGGUUGACACCAAGGACGACAACGACGAGGACAUUGAACAUAUGCAUCUUGACAAUGACGACGAAGACAGCACCAGGCCGAGCCCAAAGAAGAGGCCUCAUGCCGCCUCCGAUUCUGACAGCGUCCUCUCCGACGCCCACACCUCGGACGGCAACGUUACCGAGGCAGAGACUGAGCGGCUCUACGACACCCCGAGGCAUCAGCGACAGAGGGACGUCGUCGUAGACCAAUUCAACGAGGGUCAAGUCUUUGAACACACCCCGAGCAAGCUCCGAAGAACCGCCAACCUAGACGACCAUCACGACGACGAAUCCACAAUGGGAGACGAUGCCUCUAUAGGCUCCCCAACAAUCGGAAUAGAAUCCCCAUCGAAACCUGCGACAAAGCACGACGCGGCAUUGGAAGAUGACCAUAAGAAUGACUCCCAAGACCGCAAGCGAAAGCGCUCACCAGCCGCUGAUCAGUCAGAAACCGAGCAGCCACUUAGGAAGCGGACCAGCUCGGUCCCAGUGGCUGAUAUAGAGACUCCCCAGCAAGCUGAGGAUACAGUCAUGCACGAAGAUGAACCAACUCCGGCCAACGAGAGCAGCGGCACACAAACUCCUGCUGAAGAAGUGGAUGUUUCUCCACGAAAGAAGUCCACAGCCCGCGAGGAUGGGGCGGUAGAGCGCACAACUCGCGCGACAAAGAAGGGCACACGCGGAUCAAAACGCAAAGUGGCAGCCGCUACCGAGGCCGAUCAUGACACAGACAAUGGCAGCCAUGACGGGGCCCGUGAUAGUGCUCGGGGGACUGACGUAGAGCAACAUGGAGAGGAGCUGGAGGCUGAUGCGGACGAAGAGGUUGACGCAGCUACUGCACACGAUGAAGAGAUGGAGCGAAAACACGCAGCGUUUAAAGAUUGGACACAUAUCGAAGAGAUGUUUGGGGUAUUCAGAGACAGACUAUACAAGGACCGGCUUCAACGACUCGAGGAAGAGGAGCAGUCACUCAUCGCCAGCGUCCCAACACACCCCGAGUACCUUAACAUGAAGCAGUGCCUAGAUGACCGGUUGGAGCAGAAGCUCCGAGAGAUCAAUAAUGAGCUCGACUAUCGUGUCAAGGCACAUGAGAGGCGCGCAGUUGCUCAGCGAGCUCAAGUUUGGGGUCAAUACUAUCAGGCGGUACGAGAAAAGCGAGAAAAGACGCUGGAAGCUCUCAACCAGGAGUGGUACGACAUUCAAACAGCAAGACGAAGCGCGCAUAGCCUGCAAGAUUGCGGCCUGCUCUUCCCUAAGGAUCCUGCGCAGCGAGUACGGAAUGCCAUCGCCUACAACACCGAGGUUUCGACUCUGGCCAGCAUAGCCAAGUAUGAAGGAUUCCCUGCAGGGCCGGAAAUGACGGGAGCGACUCCUUCGGAACUUGAUGAUGACUUGGCUGCUAUUGAGACUGCUGAGCUGACUUGUGUAAGCGAGCCAAACGAGCCCGGCAAAAGCCACCACCACAGCGACGUGAAGAGUACUAUACGCCGCCAUUCGAUCGCCUUGGCCCUGCCGGUGAGCAAUUCCUCCGGGAGACGCCUUGGGCCAACCCAAACCACCUAG